AUGGUGUGGAUUGGUAGCCUCUGGCCAGUGAAGAAUGUCACUGAGAGGUGAUUUGCUUGUUUGUACUUCUGACUGUUUCUCUACAUAUAGCAAUCACCCACCUACAGUCUGAAGUGGUAAAGUCUACAGAUUUUGCCAACUGGCUCCUCCUCCUCACUCUGCAUGAGCUGUUCUCAAAUAAUUGUUUUCCUUGUUCCUUUCCUACAAUAUCCGUGUUCAUUCCUACAUUGUUCGCAAUGGAAGGCUUGGUAAAAGACGUAUUCCCCAUCCUUUCAAUAUCUGUUUUUCAGCCAGGGAUCUGUGAGCAUCCUUGAAGGGCUCUGGGGGGGGGGGAGCCCCAAAAAUUGCAAUUGCAGGGAGGCUGCAAUUCUCUGCCAACUUAUUUGGGAGUGGGUCUUAGUGAAACCAAUUGGACUUCCUUCUGGAUGAAAAUGUACAGGAGCAGGAUGUCCAAGUUGUCAUCAUUUGUUCACAUGACCACAGGAGACUAGGGUUAGACACAUCACAGUUUACUUCACUUUAACCCACAUUUAAGAUUCUACCAAUUCAGCACUAAAGAAAGCUGCUUACUUCUUGAGGGAGAUUUACUGAUUGCUUAGACCUGCUUCUGCAACAUUGAGAAAAUAAUGCAGGAGUUUGGUUCCUACUCCUCUUUGACAAGCACCACAUAUUCAUGCACUGUUCUUGCAAUGACUCCUGUCACAGGGCCAGAUCAUCCAGUUUCUAAUCUGAAAAAAAACUUCGGGUUGUAUUCAAUCAAGUUAUCCCAUUAACAGAAGGAUUUCCACUUGUGCAGCAGACAUUCCCCUACUUCUAUCCCACCCCAUACACCCCUCAAGUAUGUUCUGAGAGUUCCCCCAACCCUCCAAAGCAGAUGGGGGGGCAACAGGUAGAGGAGGAGAAGGGGAAGUUCUAUUGCACUAGCAGAAGUUCUUGGAUUGAUGGGAAGACUUCAUUGGAUACAGUCCUACAUAUAGUGGAUCAAUAAGCUUCACUGAGUGCAUGACAUAAUGCUUUAUGUGUGGAAUGGAGAAAUGGAGCUUUGUGUUAGCACCGCAGUAUCAUACUGUACCAGAAAGUAAGGCAAUGCUGGCAUGGCAAAGAGCUGCAGUGUGGGCUCUUUCCAUGUGACUUGGGGCUCCUCACAUUCUCUGGUACAGAAAGAAUUCAGUAGCCCCUGUUCCGCAAGAAUAACAUCACAAGACUGAGCGAAAUCAGUUUUCUGAUUUAGAUGACCAGCUGGCAUGCCAUACAAAGUUACCCAGCUAGAAUUGCGUUGUGGAACUAUAAUUGUCCUAAUGUCCCUACUGAAAUUAUUUUCCUUUGAACUACCCAUGAAAACGAUUUUGCACAAUUGUCAUUCUUAUUACUCAUAAUGUCUUGUUUGUUAGGAUCACAUAGAAAAGUUCUGAUUUGUCCCAGAGGCACGUUCUGGUUGUAGCUGAUAUCCCAUUGUAUAAACGACCUUUUUAAGUCUAAUAUAAUAGGUUUUGUUUUGGGGGUGCUUUUUCUUUUCUUUUUUUUUCCUGUUGCUUGCAUGCCGUCUGAAAUACUUUCGGUCGCAUGAACAAUUUGUCUGGGACAAAGUCUUAUCUACAGAAAGUCUGAUUCAGCUUCAGAGACUUAAGACUACAUGGUCUUGUUGUGUUUGUUUCUUUUUUAAAAAAGAAUACAUAUGUGUAUGUGCGCCUUGUUAAAAAACAUUGCUGCCCCCAUCUAGGAACAAUACAACACUCACAUCAUUUCCUGAAAAACGUGUAGAGUUGGAAGGCAAUUAUCUACUUACCAAACAAGCUAAAACAACAGUUCCUGAUAUUCUUCUGAAAUAUUUCAACUUCCCAAGAAUCCGGAAAAAAUAG